AGUUUUAGUUGGAAGGCAUGUUUGUUGACAACACGUUUUAAGCACGGCUACGAAUUUAAUUUUAAAAAAAUAUUUGAUUUAUAUUUUUCAAAAAAAAAAAAAAUUCGCUCUAAUCCGAGAGGAAAGAGUUUUCCUAUCUGCUGCAAACCGGUUAACAAAAAUUAUUCACAAUGUAUAUGGACAAAAUGGUAAAGAACAACUCGUACGAGCCGGAUCUGCGAAAGGAGGGGACAUACAUUUGCCCUUUUCCUCGGCCACCGGCAACGUCAAGUGUCUUCGACGAAUGGCACAGCCAUCUAGCGCCGUACGAGCGUCUCUUCUAUCACCAGACGAUGAGCUCGGUGCGCUAUAGCAAACGCUUUCGCGCUAAUCCCAAUGUUCCAAAAGAUUCGCUGGACUUUCAACUGCAAUCACGCUACGACCAUGGCCGUGAAACGUUCCCAGAGAAUAUUGACGUUGUGUUACAACGUGAUACGUGUCCAGCACUGACCAGCUGGGCUGCUCACCAUGGCCAGAAAGAGGUGGGCUCAAUAUCCCGAGUCAAUGUGUUUCGCGUGUUGCGUAAUACGCGUGUUGUGGCACAGAAAAUGGAAGACGCACUCGGCCAUCCAUUGGUCAUAGGCGGCAUUAAGGAAAAGGUGCAUCCAUCGAGUGUUAAGCUUAUAUGCAGUGGUGUGCAUACGCAGUUGGUCAACAAUGGAUUCUCGCGACAGACUUCCGAUGGUAACUUCUUCCGCUAUUAGACAGAGGUAGAGAAAACAGAAAGACGUUUUCAGACUUUUCGGCGUAGUCAAAAGUUUGCUAGUUUUUAAAUUCUGUUUUUAAGCAAUUGGCAAAACAACGAAAAUACAAUAAAAAUUGACAGAGCAACCAAUCA